UUUCUCCCCUUUUUACUUUACUGCUGUCAAGUAACAACAGGGUUGGCUUUUGCCUGAAAAUCCUCUUGUAAACUGAAUUAUACUUGCUGUACUGUAAUAAAAUGUUUGGGUUAAUGGAAACAGCUGACUUGGCUGUUGUAGGAUUUUAUUUUGUUCUUGUAUUAUGCAUUGGCUUUUUUGUGAUGUGGAAGACUAACAGAAGUACUGUGAGUGGGUACUUUCUUGCAGGACGCUCUAUGACCUGGAUAGCAAUAGGUGCUUCAUUGUUUGUAAGCAAUAUUGGCAGUGAGCAUUUUAUUGGGUUAGCAGGAUCUGGGGCAGCCAGUGGGUUUGCAGUGGGAGCUUGGGAGUUAAAUGCAAUGUUGAUUUUACAGGUAUUAGGUUGGAUAUUCAUUCCUGUUUAUAUCAGGUCUGGCGUAUAUACUAUGCCAGAAUACCUUUCAAAACGUUAUGGCGGUACCAGAAUAAAAAUCUAUUUUGCAUUGUUGUCCUUACUAUUGUACGUUUUCACAAAACUUUCCAUUGAUCUGUAUGCUGGUGCACUGUUUAUCCGGGCAUCACUCGGCUGGGACCUGUAUCUCUCUAUUGUCGUUCUGAUUGCAUUGACUGCAGUGUUAACUGUUACAGGAGGACUUGUGGCUGUCAUCUACACAGAUGUCCUGCAGGCCAUUCUUAUGAUUGGUGGAGCUUUAACAUUGAUGAUUGUAGGAAUGGUUAAGGUGGGAGGUUUUGAGGAGCUGAAACGACGAUAUAUGUUGGCCUCACCAAAUGUUACAGCAGUCAUUGCUACUUUCAAUCUAAGCUCUGUCAAUGCUUGCCGCAUUCACCCUAAAGAAGAUUCUUUAAAGGUAUUACGUGAACCAACUGAUGAAGAUAUUCCUUGGCCUGGUUUUCUGUUGGGCCAGACACCAGCUUCUGUUUGGUAUUGGUGUGCUGAUCAAGUCAUUGUGCAACGUGUCUUGGCAGCAAAGAACAUUGCUCAUGCCAAAGGAGCUACCCUAAUGGCUGGUUUUCUGAAACUCUUGCCCAUGUUUAUCAUAGUCGUACCAGGCAUGAUUUCCAGGGUUCUCUUUACUGAUGAGAUUGCUUGCAUUAAUCCAGAACAUUGUAUGCAAGUAUGUGGCAGCAGAGCAGGCUGCUCAAACAUUGCCUAUCCACGACUAGCGUUGGGAAUCUUGCCCGUAGGUCUUCGUGGCCUGAUGAUGGCAGUCAUGAUAGCAGCUUUAAUGAGUGAUUUGGAUUCUAUAUUCAAUAGUGCUAGCACCAUAUUUACCCUUGAUGUUUACAAGCAUCUUCGAAAGGCUGCCAGCUCUCGUGAACUUAUGAUAGUAGGUCGUCUGUUUGUUGUCUUCAUGGUAGCUAUAAGUAUUGCCUGGGUUCCUAUAAUUGUAGAGAUGCAGGGAGGACAAAUGUACCUUUAUAUUCAAGAGGUAGCAGAUUAUCUCACCCCCCCAGUGGCAGCCCUGUUUCUUCUUGGUAUUUUCUGGAAACGCUGCAACGAGCAGGGGGCUUUUUGUGGAGGGUUGGUUGGAUCGGUUUUGGGAAUUAUACGCUUGAUUUUGGCUUUCAUAUAUCACAUGCCAGAAUGUGAUCAAUUUGACACUAGACCAAAUUUCAUCAGAAACAUUCACUACAUGUAUGUUGCAGCAGUUUUAUUUUGGGCCACCAUUAUUACAGCUGUAGUAGUGAGUCUGCUGACCCCUCCUCCUUCCAGAGAUCUGAUUUGCAACACCACAUUCUGGGCAUUAAAAAACGCAGAAAUCAUUGAAAGUGGUCAGAAAGAAGAAUCUGAUAAGUUAACAGAAAGAAGUCUGACAAAAUGUGACAGUGUUAAAUGUGCAGAUAGUUCUGAUUGUAAGCAGAAAGAUGAUGAUUCGUCUCCACUGACUGCUCAAAUAGAAUUAGUGCUGUUGAUGCCUGGAAGUGGUGAUCCCAAAUCCAUGAGCUCUUCAUGUGUUGCUGAAGAUCAGAUGCAAAAUGACUGCUAUGUAAAUGGUCAAACAACUACUGAGGACCAAACGAACAAAGAGGAACAUGAUUUGCAAAGGAAAAACAUUUGGUGGAGAUACUUUGAUCAAUGUUGUGGAAUCAAAAGUUACAAUGUGAAAAAAUCAGCAAAAGAUUCUGUAGAAAAUGAAGCUAUUUGCUUACAAAUGUUGCAGGAGAGUCCAAAAAUUAAAUUUGUACUCAAUGUUGGACUUGUUGUUGUAUGGUCUGUUGGUAUAUUCAUGUUUAUCUAUUUUUCUCUGUGAAAUAAUUGUGAUAUUGUUUCCUUUUACGUUGUACGUAGGUGGUGAACCUUUUUUGGUUAAGUUUGAAAGAGUUAAUAGUCUAAAGGUCAGGCUAUAGAAUCAGAGUCACUUUGGUUAAUGCAUUUUUACAUUUACGUUUGAAUUAAUCUGUUCAGUUGUAAAUGAUUUCAGGUAGUGUAAGACAAGCAUUUGGAACCCCCUGUUUGACAAGGUAUCUUUUUAUUUUCUCAAUGAUAGCAUAUGCAGUUUAACAUGAUUGGCUGAGUGAAGUCAGAAAUGUAUGGAUCUCAAAUAGUUUCUGAUGUAGCUGUUGCAAUGUGAAUUCCCAAAAUCAGUAUGUGACCCCCACAUAUCUUGUAAAUUAAUUCUUUGUUGCAAAUUAAAGUCAACCAUCUACUUCAUAUAACUUAGAAGUUAUUAUCUUAUAUAUAAUUUAACAGUUACUGCUCAAGUUGGAGUGAAACUGCAACAACUAAUAGUUAAGAGAAUAAUGUGUGUAAAUUUCUGUAUAAAUCUCAGGUGCUUGUUUAUUUGGGAGGAUGGUUGUAGUACAGGAUAAGGCUCAUAGACUAACUUGUGUAAUCUGCAUUUUUAAUGUUACUUGCACAGCAAAUAAACCUAUCGGAGCUUAACACAAUUGGAUUCAUAAAGCACAUAUGUACUCCAUCACCAGUGCUUGGCACACACCUUUCUGAAAAAAAAAUUGCAUGCAGUUAUACUUGGAAAAUUUAACUAUGAUAAUGUGGCAGACAAAAGGUUGUCCUGCUUUUUCGAAGUAUCCUGUUUCAUUAUGGCACUAUCUCUAAACUCUCUUCUCACACGACUUUUCAGCUGUACAUUGCUACUCAUACACCCUCCUUCAGUCUUGUUAUUGCCUGCUUGCAGCACUUGGCAAGAUCUUGAAUCAUGUUUUCUGUAACUUCGAUCAUAGUGUCUAUUUUUUGUCAUCUUGAAGCUAUCACUAGAAUUGCACCUGUUUGGAAGCUUCAUCUUCCAGUGCUGCCUCUGUUUCCAUUUCAAGCCAACCUAUUUGCAGCAAGUGCAUCUUCAAAAUGACUUGUCAUCCAUUUCUAAGUUGUUAUCCUCGCGGCAGGAUGCUCCAUGAAUGACUAUUAUCUCCUGAAUGAAUGCACGGUUUCGUCUCAUCGUCAGUUGCAAGGACAGACUUCCUUUCUUCUGUUUAAUGCUGACUGUUAGCUUCACUACCAUCAAUUCUGUCAACUCUUUCAAUGCUAUCAAAUAGUUUCCAUACAAUGUAAGUGCCAUAGCUUUACUCCACAAAGUUGGGGAAAAUGCUGAAUGUCAGUGUCUUGGAUAUCUGCGCUAAACUUUUGUUCCGUUUCUGCUGAUUCCAUGUAUCUUCUGGACGUUUGUAACGUUGGGUUAUUUUUAAUCCUGAGCAGAGCUUUAAACUCCACAUUCUUUACAUUUAUUGAGAAUUCUCGCGUCCUCAUAUGCAACGUUUCACAUCUUUGGCUCCUAUGGCUGGUAAAGCCCUUAAUUACACUUCCUUUUUUGUUUGUAAACCACUCCAGUGUCCUUGUUGGUCUGCUGUGCUCCAAUUAUGACUAAGUUACCUAAAACCUUAAUUCAUAAAAAACCAAAAGAACAGCAGAUGCUGUAAAUCGUAGUAAAAAUAGAAGUUGUUGGAAAGUGCAGCAGGUCGGGCAGCAUCUGUGAAGAGCAAUCAGAGUUAACGUUGUGGGUCUAGUGACCCUUCCUCAGAACUGACAAUUCAUGUUUGUUCUGCACUAAAUCCCAUCUGUCCCUCUCUCCCAAUUUAGUGAAUGUCAGUGACCCGACAUCCAUGCCCCACACCAUGCCAUUUCCCACUGAAUCCCAUACCAUUGUAGGUUCUUGGCCUUCCCUGCAAUUUCUUACAGUUUUGUAACUCCUAAAAAUUCAAAAUUCCUUUUUAUGCUUUAUAAAAAAAACUAAAUGCAGCCUAUCUUUUGCAUUUGAGUAGUUGAUUUAGUAUUCCAACAUGAACCACAGAAUUCAAACAAACAGCUAUUUGUAUUAUAGGACUAUGAUUUCUUUAUUGUAUCCUAGGUUUUGUUUAUGCCACAAGUUUCAGAUUUUAUGGUUUAAAUAGACUUAAACUAGGAUUUAACUUUUGGGGUGUAUUCCACUUAAAAAAGAAACAAGAUAUUGUUUUGAAUUAUUUGUUAUCAUGACUUCGCCAACUCAAUUGUCUGUUGUAAAUUUAAACUCACUUGUACAGCUGGAAAAACAAUACUGUCAAGACAGCAGUUAAGGCUAAGCCCAGUAGACUAUAUUUGUACAAUUGUCGUUUACAGAAGUGAACAAAUUGAGUGGAAGAAACAGCAGCCUUGUAAAACAUCUUGAACGUGGCUGAAUAUCCAAUUUUAUGGGUGUUGGCACUUGUGCUGUGGACAUUUUUUUUCACAAUAGAGUUUUGUUUGACUAUGUGAAAUCAAAUGUAGCUUUAACCCUAAUUAGUACGUGUUCAGUAAUUACGCAGUUUGAAUUUCUCCCUUUUUGAUGGGAACAAUUUUUUUAAACUUGUAUUUGUUUUUCGGGAGUGAAAAUCACAAUUGAACGAACUCUUUGUAAAUUCUACGAUACAGUGAGACACUAACUUUUUCACUUUUGUAGCGUGACUGUAGUCUAAUCUUGUGGCUCAGAUUGGCAAAUAUCUAAUACUGUCACACUUUGUGCCCAAGAGUUGAGAAAAAUGAAUUGAAAUGUAUUUUUCUUGCAACUGGGUAUUGUAGAUGGCAGGUGCGCGUUGGUGAUGGUGUGUGAGAAACACAGAACUAAAAUGAAAUGAAAGCUUAGAACCGGCAAAUAUUAGAACCAUUUUUUUCAAAAAUUAUUGUUCAGUCAUGGGGUGUCUGGCAACAGAAUGAAAAUUGAGCACAGUACGAACAAGAUGGAUAGGUGAAUGAAACUGUCUUGUGAAAUAGCUGAAUUUGCUUCUGGAUGUGAGCUUGCUCGCUGAGCUGGAAGGUUAGUUUUCAGGUGAAGGCUUCAUCAGAGGCUCACUGAUGAUGUUACCUAAAUGGUGACGAAACGUCUGAAAACUAACCUUCCAGCUCUGUGAGCAAUCUCACAUCCAGAAACUCAACCUGAGCUACAAAUUUCCUCAAAACCCGCUAGCUGAAUUUGCUAUAGGUGAAGGCCAAGAAGCAUCAAAAUACACUUGUUAUGGACAGGAUAUUCUCAGGCACCAGGUAUUAUUUAAUUUCAUAGCUAUGGAGCAGAACACCUAAGGAGCACAACAUUACAUUUUUCUUACUGCAUUUUGAAGAUUUACUAAAACCAAACUUGUAUGGUGUUGAAGCUGGCAAUACUGUUGUGGUUGAGGUGUGUGUGCUUUUCCUUUUUUUUAAAAGAAGAAAGCAUGACGUUGAAACGAUAUGACUAUUUUGGAACCCUGCACUCUUGUUAACAUACAGGGAGGGAUUAAAGUUAUAAUUCUAUGCAAAUAACAUUUUGAUUUUUGAAUUUAAAUCUGUGCUAAAUCUUCUUUUUUAAUAUAUAUGUAUAUUCUGAACAGCUUUGUUUCUGCUAACCCUAGUCAGUUGGAGGGCUGAAAUGCAUUGCAGAGCCUAUAUGAGUCACUGAAUGAAUUGGAUUGAGAGUGCUGAAAAUGGUGCAAAAGAGAAAUAAGUGUUUGAUUGUGGAUUUUGUGGACUUGUCUUUUCAACUUGGAAAUCUCCAAGAAUUUGAGGCUUGAAUGCUAGUGCAGUUUGUAGAAGUGCAACAGUGGGAGUGAGCUUUGCCUAUGAAAUGACCAGUAGCACAUUAGCGAAGUCAGUUGGACCUCUGAACUUUUUGGGGUAGAGGGAUUGAAGCUGAGCAAGAGGAUUAAAGGUUUGACUGCUGUUGCUUCUGGCUGAUUGUAUUGAAAGUGUUAAUCGGACUGAAUUUGGAAUGGAAGGGAAAAUCUUGAGGUCUUAAAUAUUUGUGCUGUUGUAGAAAUUUCACCUCUUCACCCACCCCCAUCACACUGAAGGAACAUCAGUAGCCAGGAUCCUCCUUUGUCUACCUUCCAUCUUAAAACUGGAUUCUAUGACUUCAUUAAACUGAGGAGGAAGGUGAUGUCUAAUAAUCCAGAAUUAUUGCCACAGCUGUAUCAAACCAAGGUAGCAGAAGUGGGCUCCUGUUAAUGUUUAAAUUGUUGAGUUUUGCCAAAGCCUAUUUUGGCUAAUGCUAACUAGCAACUCUUUUCUUCCCCUCCUCAUUUGACAGUGUACAGAAAUCUCAUUAAUAACUCUGUUUGUUUCCUUGGUGGAAGACAGAAGCUGCAGGCAAACCUAAUUUGUUUGGCCAGCAUCAUAAUACCAAGAUACCGUGCUCCUUCACAAUCUAAUGCUGUUAUAUUUAUUGCCUCAUUAGUAAUUUUUCUGGCUGCAAUUCAUGACUGAAGCUGCCAAUGAGUUACACUAAACUGACUUUUCCAUCACAAGGGUAUGCUUUAUUUCCCAACCUGUUUGUCUAAGCCUUUAAGAGAGCAAAGGCUUAGUUCUGUGAUUGGGAUGCAGCAAAAUCCAGGCGUUUAUAUACUGCUGAUUAUGGUCUUGCUGAAAGAUAACUCCAGCGAGCAGUUGUAUUCCAUGUGAAGCUAAUAGUAUGGUCAUUCCAUGUAAUGAUGAGUAAAAGAGAAAGUUGUUUAUACAAGGCACUGUGGUCUAAACAUAGAUAAUUAGCACAGUACACUGCAGGUAAUGUCAUUUUAAGUGAUAAGUAUUUGUUUUCAUUUGCUUUAAGUUACUGUUUUGGAAGGGUGUGCUUAACCUCUGAUCUAUUAAAGGUAAUCCUCCUGUACUUUCAGACGAUUGCAACUCAUUUAGCUUCUCCGCUGUAUUGCCCUCCAUAGAAUUUUCUCUCAAACUAUGUCUGUCCAUUGUCUACCCUCAAUUCAGAUUCUAUACCAUUUAUACUCUGAUUCAGUCUUUCAGUUCCAUAUUUUCAUCAAAUAAUUUCUGUAUUGCAUUCAAAACUGACUUUUGUUCUGUGUGCCCCUUUUAAGCUGCUGCACAUCUGUGAGGAUCCCCAUACAAGCAGCCUCUCUGUUUGAGGCCAACCAACAACUCGAACUCUGCUAAUUUAUGCGAGGAACUAUAGUGAGGUAAAGGUUUGAAUGGCAGUCUGUUGUGCCACACUUGAGCCAUGAUCACUAGCCCAAACAAAGCCUGACUUAGUGGACCCACCAAUAAAAUCAAAUAACUGAGUAGAAACUGGUGAUUGUAACCUGGACCCUGUUAUUGUUUCUGUGCUAUUCUCAGUCCAUUUUGUCUAAGAAAUCUAUCUGGAUUUUUUUUUUAAAUUAAAAAAAAUCCUGUGUUUGUCUGGGAAAUUUGAUUAUAUUACUCUGGGGAAUUCUUAAACUCAUAAGUUCAGAUUAAAGGACUCUCUGUCCUUUAGAUCAUGGUUCCCAGUUUGAUAGUAAAGACUUGCACAAUAUUCUAUUGCAGAGUCUGUGAAUCAAGUGAUAGUGUACUAUUUUCUCCAUCACACAGGUUCUAUUUACAUAUUGGCAUGGUCCAGGUGUGUAAUUUGCAUGCAGAUUUUUCAUUGCUACAUUGAUAAUGUUGACUGUGUCUAACUGCUUCAGUCAUCUUGUCCCUAAACUCCUUAUUGGGUAAAUCUGACUCAGUUUUUUGUGGAAAAAUCAAACAUUAUUUUCAGACAAAUUUUCAGAACCCUGUUGUGGUGAGUCCAGUUAAGGAUCCAAUAAGAUGUUUUUGUGUGAGCAUUUCAUGGCCCUGUUUGGCUUUGCUUGCUGAAUGCACUUCAACCUGAAGCAUGAUUAUCAGAUGGAGCCAUGGUGAUAUACAAUUUUUUAACCAGGAGGAGAUUGAACACAUUGGUCUCAGGUAAGGCAGAGUAUCUCUCUUUUUAUGAAACAGAACCUUUAUGAGCAUGGGGACAAGUUUUCCCACAAAUUUUGGCUUUUUAUUAGCAAAACAAUCUCUGAUUUAGGAAGUGAAAAUAACUUCUAAACGUACCUGCACCAAUGGCCUCCUCCUGUCAGCAGCUGCAUGCUGCCCAGCUCAAGAUUAUGUUGGUUAUGUAGGUUGGGGAAGAGAAAAAAAAACCUAAAUACAUGUUGUUUACCACGUGAAUUAGUGAUCUAUCUGGAUCCAAAUCAAAGUGAUUAUUGUAGCUGAGUGAACAAGGUGUAGAACUGGAUGAACGCAGUAGGGCAAGCAGCACCAGAGGAGCAGGAAAGCUGACGUUUCAGGCCUAGACCCGUCUUGCUGAGUGGUUGGCAAUGUAGUUUGAAUAUAAAAUAACUGACUAAAUAACUUGGAUGCAAUUGUUCUGAUGUUCAGAGGUAUUUGUUUUAUUUGGUGGGGAAAGAGUGGCAGGGGAGAAUCUUCAUGAUUUAUUUUGCUCCAAUAUAGCUGGUCAAACCUAGGCAUCCGUGGUGAAAAUUUGGGUGGUGAAAGUAUGGGAUGUAAGCACAUUUUCUGGAGAUUGGGGGACAAUUUAAAUCUAAAUUGCUUUUUGUCAAACUGUUAAUGGAUUCUGCUUUAGUUGAAAACAUCUAUAAACUUGCAUCAAAGUAGGAAUGUGUUUAGUGAUUUACAUCCUGCCUGGAUGCAUUUGGAUUGUAGCUUGUGGAAGAUGCCAUGCAAGAGGGAGAAUGGAUUACUCCAUACUUCCGGUAUAUUGUACAUCAUUAAAUUUUACCGUUCAGCGCACGAUGUCUCCUAUUGACAAACAAGCAAAAUCCCUUAGAUUAUCAUACUGUGGAUUGCUGCCCGAUGACCUUUCUGUAUUAUUUGGUUCUGUAGGGUUGAUCUUGUAGCUAAUCUCUUCACUCACUGCAUAAAAUCUUUGAAAUCAAUCAGAAUAACACAUUGUUAAUUAUAUAUCAACAUUUUAAUCAUUGCACAUUCAUUAAUGGAUUUCAGACUUUUAUGGAAUGAUCUAACAAUGAGGGGCUAACUAUCCAUUUUUGCCUAUAAAUGCAGUUUCUGAAUUGGGAUAUUUUAAAAUAUUUUUGUUUGCAUAGAUUUGCUUCUCUGGAUUUAUCUGGCACACAAAUUCAGAUCUUCAAGAACUUAUGCGUUGUACAAAGAACUUCAGUUUGAAGGAACUUGCAAGAGAGUUACAGUGAAUUCUUUAAGAUGAGGAAAAUAAAAUAAUCAGAAGUCUGUGUCCAUCUAAUUAUGUAGAAGUGUUCUGAAAGGCAAUGCACACCAGCCGACCAUUCCAUCAGCUUUAAUUUCAGGCUUUUAAAUGUUUUAAAACAUGUUAAUUUUACUCUAAUCAACCUCUAGUAACAAGCUGUGUAACAAGUUUAGUGUGACCAUUAAGGUUAUAGGUUUUAAAAAAGUCUAAAACCAUACUUUAAGACUAAUGCAUUGUGGGGUUUAUAAUUAUCUACACGUCUUUGGUAGAAAUCUAAUUUUACUCGAGCAUAACUUUUUAUCUAGAUAUAUGUAAGCUUCUAAAUUGCAAUCUACAGUAAUUAUAUAGUGCUUAAGUCGAUUUGAUUUGAUAAGGCUCUAGAUGUUCCUAUCUUGGUUUCAUGUUAUUUGAUUGUAAUAGUUGCAUAAAUAGUCUUUGCUGUAGUCCAUACAAAAUUAUAACUAAGAAUAUAUUGUCACUGCAACUGAAGAACUUGGAUUGUGAGGGGAAAUGCAUGAAGGGACCAUAAUUUGUCAAAGUUUUGGAAAUUACUUGCAUAAUCUGCUGCCUUUAGUAUUCUGUAACCAAUUAAACCUUCCUCUAAGCAGAAAGGUUUUUUGCAUGUGAAAGAUUGCAUGUUUACUUUGCAAGUAAAUUCUCAAAUUUUCCUUCAGCUAUUUAACCGGCCCAGUAGAGAAGCUUUGAAAAUAAAGAAACAUGUAUUCUAUCAUAGUAUGGAAUCCAUUUGCACGUAAUAUUGAUUAAGAAGUACAAUGUUAGAGAAAACCCUGUAUCAUGUUUUUAAAUUUACACUGCGUGCAGUCCAGAGGGUUUCAUGUUCCUUCUAAUUGUAGAUUGACUGACCCACAAUGAAAGUCAAGCUGGCCAAUAAAUUUUUGGUUAAAUUCAGUGUUUAGCUGAUAGAAUCUUCCUUUUGUGAAUAAGAAACCAUGGUUUAUCCACCUAUUUUAAUUCUGAGCUGUGCCUCACGUUAGCAAUUUGGCCAUGUAUUAGAUCAGUGAAUCAGGUGUGUGCAGGUGGGGACUCUUUAAUCUUCUGGUUUUAACUGGUUUGGAGUGUCUUUUGCAGUCAGAAGUAAAUAGAUCAGUGGUACUGGCUGAACAUUUUUAUUAUUCCCUGCAAGAUUUGUUUUAACAAUUGUUCAUAGUACAAUGGUAUCUCUUUUACUUUCAGGGGAAAUAUUUGUGGAGACUCUGAAGCCAUACCAGGAAGCGCUUUGAUGCCAUGCUACUUAUUAAAAUUUUAAAACCAAUUACAAACCUCUGAAGCAAAUCAAGUGAUUACAAUUUCCAUUAUGGAAAUUAGUUCUUGCAAAAAGAAUUUACAUGGAACUCUGAGUUCCGGGGAGGGAUGGGAAUACUGUGCACAUUUUUCUGAACUGAGAUGCUGCGUCGUUCGCAAAAUUUUGAAUUUGUUUUAAUUGCCUUGAGUUUAAAGCCAACUGACAGCCCCUACCCGUUGUCCUGACUGAUAAAAUGACUAUUACCUUACAAUUUGAUAUCCUUUAAGCUCUGUCAUUACUCAUCUCAUGUCCUUAUUAUCAGUUGUUUUUCCAACUGCGAUUUGCUAUUUUACAAAUUUUGUAAUUUAUCUGCUUUAAGUUAGUAAUUUAUAGGAUUGGUAAACUGGUAUUCUAUUACUGAAUGAGCCACUAUUUGUAGUUGUUUAGCUGAUACUAUUCCAUAAUUUGCUGAUUCUGAUCUCUGAUUAAUGAACUGCAGUACAUUGGACCAUAUGUCUAUGGCUACCCUUUCCUGUGAAAAAUUGCUGCUUUCGUUUUGUGCUGCCUCUGUGGAGGUUUACAUUAUCCAGAGCUGAUUUAGAAGCAGACUAAAUAUGGUGCGUUGAUGCACAAAAGGAACAACAAUAACAAAGGUCAGACAUUCUCCGCUUUCUUUGGCAGAUCCUAUCAAUCAUGACUUGCAGCCUGUCUGGUUGGGGUGGAUGGGUGCAUGUGUAACUGUUGGAUUUUUUGGAUGGGAGUGAUGGGGAAAUAUGGUCAGUGGGAGGGUGAAGUGGUCUAUUACUUUAUUUCCAUGGUAGCAGAGGGAGGUUAAAUUCUAGGUUUAAUCCUUGGUCUGCUCACUUUCUUCAUCCUGGAGCAGUGACAGGCACUAAAGUUGCCCUCUGAAUGCCCUGGUAUAAGUGUUCCUUAUUCUGAUGCUAUUCAGUAAACUGUCUGGUAGUACAAAAAUGCAUUUUGAAUGAGGAUAAUGUGCAGAAAUUGGCUCUGACCUUUUCAUUUGAUGAAGUAGCCUACAUUCAAAUCAAAGCAUGAAUAAUGACCACUUGAAAGAGGUACAAGAGGGUGCUUGCUUCAGUAGACUGUACCUCUGCAAGCAGUUAAUCUGUUCAGAAAAUGAGGGAAAGAUUUGGCGAAAUGUUGAAAAUGUACAGUAUAAUCUGUGGGGUCUUUAUUGCUUUGAAGCCAGUACAAGAAAAUACUUCACGGGACUUCCUAUUGAGGGGUUGGUUGCCUUUCUGCCCUGGUGAUAAAAGACAAAGCCACUGAACUAUCCUUUAAAAUUUACAGAAUGCUUGCAGAAUACAGCAGGUGACAUCUACUUAUAAAAGAGCUAUGUCAGUAAAUCUGAAGAAAAGGUAAAAUGUUCAUAAAGGAGUAUAAUGAUUAUGAACAAAGUGGAUAAUUGGCAGUAGAGUUUUUUCACUGAAGACUUGUAAAACAUCAAAUGAAUAUUUUGAAGGGACAAAGUUGAAUACAAAUAUGGGAAUCAGGAAAUGAGAUGAGAUAUUUCUUAAAUCAGAUUGUCUCUGCAAUGAAUUCAUAAUUAAAAUGAGAAUGAGAUCAGUAAAUGCCAAUAGCACACCAAGAAGAAAAAAUUUAAGGCAUUGGGUCCGUCAGCAUUACAUGAAUAAUGGGGAAAUGCAUCAAGACCGAUGUGAUGUCUUAAAGAGCAGAGACAAAGUGGGAUAAGACGGGUUAUUGUGUUUCGAUGAGAUUUGCUUGUAUUUCGGAAAGCAUUUGGUAAAUUCUGAUUUUGAAGGUAAAUAAAUGCACGUGGUGUACUCAAAAAAGCACAACACUACAGAUGCUGGAAAUUGCAAUAAGCCAGCAGAUGUCAGAAUUGCUCAACAAUUUUGAGCACCAUCUGUGAAGAGAAACAUUUAAUGUUUCAGAUAAUGUGAGCUCUGUUUCUUUUUCUACAAUAGCUCCUUGGCAUGCUGAAUGUUUCCGGCAAUUUCUGGUUUUCUUUAUGGUAUACCUACUACUUGGAUUGAGGUUGUGGUGACAAAUGGAUAUAGCUCUGCUGAGACAAACAAUUAGAUUUAGAAUUCUGCAAGAAAUUGUUCAGUGUCUCCUGUUACACAAAACAGAAUGGAGGGUGGUGCUAAAAGUAAUGAGGCACAACAUUUGGAUAUUUUGAAUGACUAUUCAUUAAACUUUUCAGUGAAUAUGAAGGUGUUAUGUGGUCAGUUAUAGAAAUACAUUGAGAUCUGUCUGUUGUAAAAUAGAUUAUUUUACAUCUUAUUGAUAAGACAUAAAGUAUGCAUGCAUUUAAGGGAGGUGACAGCAAAGUGGUAUUAUCACUGGACUGUUAAUCCAGAAGCCAGGAAACCUACUGGGAUCUGGAUUCAAUCCUACCAUGGCAGAUGGUGGAAUUUGAAUUCAAUAAAAUAAAAUCUGUAAUUAAGAGUCUAAUGACGAGCAUGAAUUGAUUGUCAGAAAAAAAGCAUUUGGUUCACUAAUGUCUUUUAGGGAAGGAAACUCCCAUUUUUAGCUGGUCUGGCCAACGUGUGACUCUGGACUUUCAGCAAUGUGAUUGCCAGAGAGCAGUUAAUAAUCAAUUAGGGAUGGCCAAUAAACGCUGGCUUAGCCAGCAACAACUUCGUCCCAUGAAGUUGUUAAAUUCAAGCUCGUGUGCAGUUUUGGACACUUCCAGAGGAUAUUGAUUCGCAAAGAUGUAGCCAUUGGGAUGCCUGGGAUGUAUGUAGUGCAGUUGUGUAAGUGAGACUCACUGAAUUAAAAUAGGGAAGUGUUGGAGGAAAGAUUUGAGGCGAUAUGAUUCAGGUCUCUUCUAAACUCUGAAAGAUAUGGACGUGUAAAGAUUUAAUAACUUUUGUUCCUUUGUUUGCUUGCCUGACCUGACUCCUCUGUACAUGAGGUGGGUACAAGGCUUGUUGACUGGGCAUCAAUUUCCCUUGUUACUGACUGCAAGGUGGUAGUAGAGACUAUUCAGGUAUGAUCGACCUCUCUAAUUUUCACUCCUGUUUCUUGGAAGAAACCUUACUUAAAGUCCCACUCAGUUUAUUGAGGUUCUGAUUCAAUUCUAUUCCUGUUGCGUGGCACACAAUUAUUUUGAUUUGUAGAUAGCAAAGCCUUAGCCAAGAUAGUAUGGCCGUAGUAAAUUACUGAACAGUCUAGUUUAUACAAAUGGAAAGCUGUUGAAUAUGUGAUCUAGUAAUCAAAUUAAGGUUUAAAAAGAUGAAAGUAUAAAUUAAACAUUCCAUUAAAUUUCAGUUUCAGCCUUGUUAGGGCUGUGGAACUGUGCUAAAGACAACUAAUUGAAGUCCAUUUUAUUGUUUUUGAUAUGCUGGGGUCACUGCUGAAAUUGCUGUCUGUUAAGUUAGGAACAGUUUGCUUCAGGAAAUUAAAUGUAGUGAUUCAAUAACUGAAACUUAAGUGACAUUGGGAGUAUGGAUUGAUUUGGUUUUUUUGUUCAAAGCUUUUAUGUUGUAUUAGCUUCGAUUUAAGACAUUAAGGGCCCAAAUUUUCCAGUUGUGCUCCAACAGGGGGAAAACAUGCAUAGACCAAACUUGGAGUUUGUUUUAAUGCAAGCACAAGGAGCUUGAGCUUCAUGGGUUUUAAUUCUUAAUUUUGUGCGUAUGUAUAUAUGUUUAUAGAUUCUUGUUAUUUCAAUGACUGAUCUACUUUAAAUAAAUCCUUAGUUAUCUCAGCAAAGUGGUAUAAUUUGCCUUAUAAAUCGAAAGGGUUCAAACCCAACUCUGGGACAUGAGCAUGUAACCAAUAUUGAGACUUUGUGCAUUGUUAAUCUGUCAAUUUAAAGACAGCUGCUUCUCUGUUUCCUCCACCAAAAAAAAAUGGAUCUGACCAUUGGUAAAUUGCCUGCUUAAUUGUGUUCUGUAUAUACUUGCUCCUUUUGCUAAUACAGUAGUUGUUUAUGCCAACUGGACACCAAAGGGAAAUAAAUUUAUAUUGUACACUCCUUUGUACAAGAGGAAACGUUGGGCCCUUAAAGUUGAAUCUAAUUACUACAAUACUUGAAACUGGUAUGUUAAUUCAAAUUGCUGUAAAAUUAUUUUCAUAAGAAAUGUUAUUUCUGGUAAUGGAUUGUUUUAUAAAAUCUUGUCAUUUGGGAGAAUUGUAUGUUAAGCUCAGUUUUGUGAACUGUAGACUCCAAUUACAAAGAUGUUUGUGUUUAUCAUGUAUUCAUGUCAUGAUUUAUUAUACUUUUCUGUAUUCUGCUAUUUUGUGGAAGGUUUUUGUUUUGGUUCGUUUUCAAAUGUUCAGUGCUGUUGAGAGGCUGUUUUAAGGAAAACUAUUUCCAGUUGCCUUGUGAACUUGAACCAAAGUGUUCCCUCAGUUGUGUUCACAUUGGUUCUUGACUUUAAAAAUUAAGAUGUUUGUUACUUGAUCCUGAUGUAAAGUGUUAUAGUUUCUGAUGUAUUAUGUACUAUUGUUAAACUCACUCCUGUUGUUUUAUCAAACUGAUCAGAAAAAUGUAUGAUGCAUUGAGGUUUUCAUUCUCUUGACCUUCUGUGUCUUUUAAAUUUCAGAAUCAUUUGUCAAGAUCCAUCUUUUAAAAAGAGGAUGUGUACACAGUCUGAAGGUUCCCAUUUGAAGCACCUGGCAUCCAGAAAUGAAUGGAAUAAAGUGAAUAUAAUAAUUUUAAAUAGAAUUUGAAAAGCCCAUCAAAAGUAGCUUAUUUCCCUGCCCUGACCUUCUGAAAUUCUUAGUAGCCUCUUAAACUGAUGUCUAAAUACAUAAACUUAGUGUUUAGUAAUUCUGAUUUCUGUUUUGUUUUCUACAGCGAUGGAAUAAUGCAAGUAUCCUGUGUACUCUAGCAAGCUGCUAGUCCCACGUUGACAGAUAGCGAAUUAAACAUUUUAUCCACAGACUAGCUACUUGUAUCCUCCAUUUACAGGCUCCUUUCACUUAGCUGUUCUGUAUCAACUCUUAGGAUAUUUGUGUCAUAAACAAAGAGCUACAUGGAGCCUGAAUGUUGGAGUGCUGCCUGCUGCUAAAAAAGAAAAGCUGUUGGUAUUUGGAAAAAAAUUUUGAACAUACUAAACUUUUCCAUCAUUGGAACUACUUAAUUGAUUUUGCCUUGUACAUCAAAGUUUAGGAAUAACAACUUAAAACACAGCAUUUAAGUAUAAACAGGAUUAAUUCAUGUUCUUAAGUGACUGUUUGUUUGCUUUUGCAGUGAUGGGUAAGGACGAUUUAAUUUUAAAGCUAUCUACUCUUCAAAAUUGUCAGCCACCAGCUUGAUGUGUGGCUAUAGAAGUUUCAUGUUUUGCUCUGCUAGACUUAUUACUUCCACGGUGAGGAUUGUUUCCUGCCAAAUAUGACCACUUGUUGCAGUGUAAUACAUUCUAAUGUGCAAGCUGUCAAACAGUUCAGAGAAAGGAUGCUGUAGGCUCAAAAAAGUAACAAAAAUUCCCCAGUUUGAAACAUUCCAUAAAGAUGUAUCAUAGCUUCUGCCGAUGGAGUCCAUUCAGUUUAUUGACGUGUCAAAAUGCAACUGAUUUUGGGGGAGUAAACUUGACAGCUGGAGAUUAAACUUCAUAGAAUCCUGAAUGAAACUAUUUUUCUCUGCAGUGGGAACACUUUACCGAACAGAUUUUUCAAUUUCUUAGCUGGUUAAUUCAAGAUUUGGCUGAAUAGCAAAAGUCAGGGGUAAAGAACAAGAAAUACAGGAUGUGACAUGAGUUGUAGCAAGUGUCAUGAAGUUGUGGGCUGCAGCAGUAAACUUAAGGAGUUGAAGUAAAUGAAAACUUCUAACUUCAUUCAUUUGUAUCUUGUGUAGAUGUAGAAUUUUCCUGAGUAAUUGCUUCACACAUGACUAAGAAUGGGAGCCUCCAGAGAAAGUACAUCUAGUCCUUGUUUUUAUUAAAGGUAUGAUUCAUGAAAUUGUACAUGCAACAUGUGGAUGGAACACCAUUCAGGAAAAGUUUUCCUACAUGUGCUGUUAAUGUAAAGGCAGAAAUGUGAACUUGAAGCAUAUUAAUGUUUUCAAAAUGCUGAUACUUCAACCUCUUGUUUUAUUUUUUCUGAAGUAAAUUAAAAAAAGUUAAGAAAA